GCGACUUCAGCCCGCAUCUGCUGGCCGGCUGCUCGCGCAGGCACUCACGCAGGCAGGCAGUCACGCAAGCAGGCAGGGCCGUUUUGUGGUCCACGUCACACUGGGCUCUUUGGCUUGUACUAUUUUAUUCUCAGAGGGGCUUGAUCAGGGAGCACUGAGGCUUCUCGUAAGAGUAGCGCAUUAGCUGUGAUUACAGUUGGAAUUGAACGCAGCAGAGCUCGCGUGCGUGCGGGCGGCUGCGUGUAGCGACGCACAACCGAGCACAAUUCAGCAAAUGGCUUGCAAAGGAGCCUUUCUGCGCUGCCACGUGUCGUGUGAUGAGAUACAUGCAGCAUCAGCAAAUUUCUGCUCUCAAAUGUCUACAGGCUUGCAAAACGACAAAAGUUCCCUUCGAACUAUUGCUGCAGUUCUCACAUAUCACUGCGCGGGCACAUUUUGGAGCACACACGCACGUAACUAUCACCUUUAAAAGCCGCAGUCUGCACAUACUUGUUAAUGACAUAUUGUUACUUGCAAUUACGGAAGGGAUUUCUUUCCUUAUUUUGAUUCCGUGCAUUUUUUCAGGCCAGAUAACAUUUACGUAAUAAACACGCACGCACACAUGUGCGCACGCGCACGCACACACGCACACACAGGCACAAAAGCACAAACUUAAAACACGAAGAGCAUAAUUUAAUCACACAUGCCAGAACGUUGUUGUGUAUUUGUUUCUAAACAUUGACUUGACCAAAGUCGCCUUUUUUGAGUUCAAAACCAAGUUCAAGCAACCGUGAACUUGGCUUGAUCAUGCAUGCGCGCCGCUUUAGCGGUUGCAUUUCUUUGUCUCAUCCACGUGAAUUAAUCAUCGUUGGAGUUAUCUUUAGUAAUGCAGCAAAUCUGCCUCAACUUUAUUUCUUGAAAUACUUUUUGCUGUUGUUUCAUGAACAAUUUGUUGUUGCUGAAUUAAUACUGAAAGCUACGAUGGUUUUUGUGCUCAAAGUGGACUUUGGGCCCUGUUGUAAAAGUUCGUGUGAAUGUCUGUGUGUGCCACGGGCUGUUUAAUGUUAAAUAGUAGCACGGACACAACACGUUGUAUCUGUCACUUGUAUUUUGUUUUAUUUGACUCAAGAUGCGGCAAAUGUUUGUGGACGGUCGGGAGAAGUGAGUCCACAAAUCAAGUAAUUAGCCGCAUCGGGAAAGUCUUUGCUGUUUGAAUGAGUGAAGUGUCCCCUGUUAUCCUGUAAAAAUCUUAUAAAAGAAUUGUGAGAGAGCUAACAAUCCCACCAGAGUUAGUCAGUGGGGCUUUAUUGGACCUAUCUGUUCAACUUGUUCGUGUGAGCCGUACUAUAGAAUAUUACGUGAAAUACACCCUCUUAAAGUUACCUUAUAGAGUGCCCCCUUUCCCGUUUGUUUUUUUUUUUUUUUUUUUUUUUUUUUUUUUUUUUUUACAGAGGCUUCAACCUGCUGACCUCGUCUUACUGUAAAUAGGGCAAUGAGCAUCAUUCGUUUCUUUAAAACAAGCUUGUAAAGUUGGGACAUCACGACUUCAUGUGACAAGGAAUUCAACCAUAAUUUGCUACAGGAUGCCACAUGCAUGCAACCCCUCAUUGAAGGGAGCAGUUUUCAUGAGAUCGAGCAUUUAACAAAAAUAAAAAAUAAAAAAUAAACUUUUGCCAGCUUGUUAAGGUAUUAAACGAGGCGACAGCCAGCUUUUUUUAAUGUGUGACAUUUAAUGGCGGACAAAAAAAGGCAGACCUGGCUUGUUUUGCUCUCACGAUUCAAGUCAAGAAAGAGACAAGAUUGCUGAAUUUUAUAAAAAGCUUUAUGGUCUUAAAAAAAUAACAUAUAAAGGUGGGUUAUAGAGAGAAGUGGAUGUUUUUGUUUUGUGUGAGCCGGAGCGAGUGGGUGGGACCCCGUGGAGCAGAAGUUGGCCUAGCCACGUGGUCUGAGGCUGACCAAUCAGACAGCCCCCCAGGUUUAACUAUGUUAAAUGUCAGAUUGCAAUAAAGUAGAAGCUGUUGGUCGGGCCCGCGGAAAUGGGCGAGCAUAAUCUCCUUAAUCCAGGGUUUGUGGGACCUUUGGUAAACAUCCACACUGGAGACACCUUUUAUUUCCCCAAUUUUCGAGCCUCGGGGGGACAACUGGCGGGGCUGCCGUCUCUCUCCUACCCGAGGAGGGACAACGUUUGCUCCCUCCCGUGGAAUCCUUCGGAGCCGUGCAAUGGAUACUCCCAGUCCUACUUCAGCAGCCCCGUUUCUAUUAACCCCUCGUUCAACCGCUCGUGCGAGAUCAGCAGAGCGGAGGAGGCCAAGUGUUACUACGGCAACGGGGCCAGGGAGGCGUGCGGCGGCGGCGGCGGUGGCGGCGGUGGCGGCGGCGGCGGAAGCUCGGGCUCGGGUGGCCUCAAGCGAGAGGACAGGGCGAGGGACGCAUCCUCCUCAUCCCUGACAUCCGAGCACGGGAUGCACGCCGGUCUCGGCGCCACCACCGCCUCCGGCGCUUCCGUCUCGGCCGCGGCGUUGGCGGCGGCCGCCUUCGCCAAGUACGAGUACGGUAACGAGCAGCUGACGCAGGAUCCUCCGUCCUGCCAGUCCAUGGAGUCCGACUCCAGCUCGUCCCUGCUGAACGAGAGCAGCAAGCCCCCAUCCAGCGACACGCAGAGCCUUGUGUCCCCGGGAAGCCACGCCAACAACAUCGCCGCGGGCGGAGGUGCCCCGUGGUACCCGAUGCACACGCGGACCAGGAAGAAGCGCAAACCGUAUUCCAAACUUCAACUGGCCGAACUGGAGGGCGAGUUCAUGCUCAACGAGUUCAUCACCAGACAGCGGCGGAGGGAGCUCUCCGACCGGCUCAACCUCAGCGACCAGCAGGUGAAGAUUUGGUUCCAGAACCGCAGGAUGAAGAAGAAGAGACUCAUGCUGAGGGAACAAGCUCUGGCCUACUUUUAGUGCUGACGAUGCGGCUGCAGAAGGUGAAUCCACAAGGCACUCAAAAAAAGAAGGAAAAAAAAAUCAAAGCAAAAAAAAAUCGCCAAACCUUCUGUGCUCAGGUGGUCUUCGAGUGCAUGCACGGCCUCUUCUUCACCUUUCCAAUGAAGCUUUUUUUUUUUUUUUUUUUAUAUAGCUCUGCAGCCUUCUCCUUCCCUUUCCAAGCCGGUGUGUGACAUUCAAUCAAUGCUGUUCAUCGCACAAAUUCGGGGAGCUUCAGACAAGUCGGCUCCCCAAUUCGACGGAAACGAGCCAAAUUUGACAUAACAUCCUCAGCGACUUUUUUUUGUGUGUGUGUGUGUGUGUGCGCGCGCGUGUGUGGACGAGAAACGAAAGAGGGCUCGUUUUGCUCACACUUCCAAAUUCGGGAAGACGUUCAAAAGAAGCGCCGGCACUCGAGUGCAUGGUUGCGUCCACACAACCACUCCGCUGAUGUGAAUCAAUAACAGCACGCACACGCGCUCUCUCGCGCGCGAUUUGUUUAGGCGAUAUCAUCGUUUGGGCCACGCAUUGUGGGCACGUUCACGGUCACGGGCAGCAAGCGUGCAAGUGCGCAUGAGGAGAGGCACGCUGGACGAAAAGUCCGACAAAUGUUAGGAGGCAGAUUGUCCAUUAUGACUGCGCUCGUCUGCUUCGGUUGUACUAUUUCCUUUCGAUUACCUCUUAAGAAAUGCUGCAUGGAUUAAAAAAAAAAAAAAAAAAAUCAGUUGACAUAAUGGUUAAAUAAAAAACUCCAUGCCGGCAUUAUUAAAAUAAAUAUAGAUGCGUUUCAGACCUGAUGGUGCCAUUCGAACGGGCUUUUUUUUUUGGGUUCCAGGCCUAAAACAUCGUUUCAGAAUUUCUGGUGCUCAUGAUCUUAAUGCAUAUACUAACACUAUGAAUAAUGACGAUGAAGUGUGUGUGCGCGCUCCAUUAAUUGUCGCGGGACGAUUGCAGUGCGCCAUCUGUCCCGUCGAACGAGUAAAGUGUAGCAGUGAGCGGUGUAUUUGCGGCAUGAUAUUAAUGUGAAUUUACUUCAAGUCCUUAAAUGCGGGCGGCCCACUUUUCAUGUAGGUGACGUUUCUCUUCCACUCUUCUCUCUCUCUCUCUCUCUCUCGCUCUCUCUCUCUCUUUCAUUUUCGUGUCCAAAGCGAACCUGUUUUGCUCAGCAAGCAACAACAAUGUCUUAUUGUUGACGUUCUUCUUGGAGCGAGCGAGCGAGCGCGCUAGCGAGCGCGCGAGCGAGGCCUUGCUCGUCCUCCCUCGGCGCCCUCGUCCUCCCUUUCCCCCUCCUCUUCCUUUUCCUCCUCCUCAUUUGCCUCCUCCCGAGGAGCAAACUCGUGUCAAACUUUGUCAGGUGUAAUUGUGUGGAUCGCUGAUCCGCGCACGGUGCGUUCUUGCUAUGUCAUGUCGGUGCUUUGUUUUUUGAUGGUCUUGAACAAUAAUGUCGCAUUCCAUAUACAGCCUCUUUGUGGUCGCGUAGGACUUGCAAAUGUAGGCCUGUCUCUCUCUCUUUCUCUCUCUCUCUCUUGAUAUAUAUAUAUAAAUAUAUACUGCCAAAAAGUUGGAUACGGACAAAAAGUAUCCCGAAAAUGUUCCGUGUCGUAGUUGUUUGUCCCAAUGAUGAAUUCCUUUGAUUUGGUCACGCCUUUGCAUUCCUUUCUUUGCGCUUGUAAGGAUUGCUCCAUUGUCUUGUAUAGUCCUAAUGAUAUGAAUGUAUCUGCGUACGGUCUUCAAUAAACACAAUUAUUGCAACGUC